AUGGUACAGCAACUUAUUCCAAAAGAAGGGCAAAACCAGUACAAGUUAUGGUACAAGUCAAGUGCUGUUUUGGGCGCGGUGUGGCUCCUCGCGUCCGGCGGGGGCAUGGUGAGCGGGUCGCCUUUUGCGCAGUUUGUUGCACUCGCGGCUGCCGGCUCGGCCGGGUUCCAGGCGGCGGUCACCGGGUGCCUCGCCGUCGAGCUCCCCAUCGCGUGCGCAUUCGAGCGCGCCGAGGAGAUCUUGCUCCGGCGUUUCGUCGCGCCGCCCGUAGUCUGGUGGCCUAGCGGCUCCUCAAGACACCCUCGCUCUGACCCUCGGAUCCAUCUACGCCGCCGCCUCAACAACGACUCGGCCCCCGGCCGAGCCGUCCGCCCCGGCAGCAAGCCACGGGACGCCGAGGACGGACGCCCGGCGCCGUUUCCGUGGGCGACGGAGCGGCCCGCGCAGCACGACACGCAGGAGAGCCUGCUGCGCCGGCCGCCGGGGCGUCACGUCCGUCGAGGGCGGGCGCGGUGCAAGCGCUGCGGCGCCAGGAAGGCCAUCGCGUACGACCUGGAGUCCAAGUUCCGGGAGGUGCGCGACUUCGUCUCCGCGAACCGGCACGCCAUGCACGACCGCGCGCUGGACGCGUGGAUGUUCCCCGCGCUGCCGCACUGCGACGCGUGCGGGCACAAGGGCGUCGUGUCGCCGGAGAUCGCCACCGAGAAGCGCGAGAUCAACUGGCUGUUCCUGCUCCUGAGACAGAUGCUCGGCUGCUGCACGCUGGAGCAGCUCAGGUACUUCUGCAUGAACACCGGCAGAAACCGCAGUGGCGCCAAGAACAGGGUGCUCUACUACGCGUACAUUGUGCUGUGCAGCCAGCGUGAGCCGUUCGAUGGAACGGUGCGGGAACGGGAACCCGUCGUCCUGCAGGUCUAG